CCCGGCUCUGGGAGUGGGCGGUGGCGGAAGUGCUGUAGGACGCAGACCGGGGUGGGGGGAGGUGUUGGAGACCCCCCCCCGCCCGUACCGGCACCGGCGCGGACAUGGCCGUGACUUAAGCCCGCCCGGGGCCAGUGGGGCCGCCGGGAUGGAGCAGCCGCGGCACUGGGAAGCGGCGGUGGCGGCCGAAGGAGGCCACGGCUCCGGUGGGAGCCCGGAGGAGCCAGGGAUCAGCGGCGGCCGCCGCGGCUGGGACAGCACGGGCUGGAACGGCAGCUGCGGGUGGGCAACGGCUGCCGGCCGAGAGGAGAACGGGGACUGCGAGCACGACCCAGGCCCCGAACGCUGCUGCCGCUGCCGGGGGGAAGCGGCCUCUGCUCCGAGCGCCGCGGCCGAAGAGGAGCCCGAGGAGGAGGACGAGGAGGAGGACGCGGGGCUCCGGCGGCCCCGACGGCGGCAGCGCUCGGCGCUCAGGGAGGAGGAGGGGAGCAGGCGGGAGGGGAAGCGGCCGCAGCCGCCGCGGAGGAGGCACCGCGGGGCCGAGGCCGGGGGGCGGCCGCUCUGCUCCUGCUGCCGCCUCGGGGCCGCGGAGCCGGGCUCGGUGCGGGGCUUCGGCCGCGCCGUGGGGCAGCGCGCCCGGAGCGGCUCCUUGCGGGCAGCGCGGUGCCUGCGCGCCGCGGCGGGGCUCUGCCUCCGCCUGCUCUGGAUGCUGCUGGCGCUACUGCUGCUGCUCCUCGUGCUGCUGCUGGGCUGCCUGCGGCUCUGCGGCCGCGCCGGCGCCGCCGCGCUCCGCUGCGCAGCGGGAAGCCGGCUCCUGGACGUGGCCGCGCUCCGCAGGACGUGGGGGCUGCUCUGGGUCUGGUUGAGGCCGUGCCGGGGUCCCCCUUGGGCGGGCACCGCGGAUGGGACGGGGCUUGCGGCGCCCGAGGACCGCGGCGAGGAGGUGACCCGGCUGCUCGCCAUGGCCGAGGUGCCCGAGGAGGAGCUGAACCCCUUCCACGUGCUGGGCGUGGAGGCAACCGCGACGGACACCGAGCUAAGGAGGGCCUAUCGCCGCCUGGCCGUGCUGGUUCACCCGGACAAGAACGAGCACCCCCAAGCAGAGGCAGCAUUCAAAGUGCUGCGGGCAGCCUGGGACGUAGUCAGCAGUCCUGAGCGCCGAAGGGAGUUUGAGAUGAAGUGGAUGGCACAGCAUGAGCUACCACGCUCAGUGGGUGAGUUCCUGCGGCGGCUUCAGGAGGAGUUGCGUGAGGCCAUGAACACCAUGAUGUGCAGCAAGUGCCAGGGCAAGCACCGGCGGUUUGAGAUGAACCGAGACCCGCUGAGCGCCCGUUACUGCGCUGAGUGCGGCCGCUUGCACGCGGCCGAGGAGGGUGACAUGUGGGCAGAGUCCAGCUUCCUGGGGCUGAAGAUCACCUACUUUGCUAUGAUGGAUGGGAAGAUCUACGACAUCACAGAAUGGGCAGGAUGCCAGCGCGUGGGCAUCUCCCCGGAUACCCACCGCGUUCCCUAUCACCUCUCCUUCGGGCCGCGGGGUGCCAGGCGCCACAGGAGCACCCCCAAGGGCGGCCCCCCCUCGGCCGGUGACCUGCAGGACUUCUUCACCCGCAUCUUUCAGAGCAGCUCAGGGCCGGGGGGACCCUUCCCACCACCCCCCACCUCCUCGGCAGCCGCAGCCCCCCCCGGGGGUACCCCCAAGGCCGAGGGGGCUGCGCCCAAGGGGGACAUGAGGCACAAGAGGAGGAAGAAGCUGCGUCGGCCACUGCAGCACUGAGGGUGGCGCUGGGCUGGGCACUCCAAGGGCUCUUUCCAAUAAACAAAGCUCUAUUUUUCCUUUUUAGAA